GUUAUCCAGUUGAAUUUCAAGACAGUAGCAUCAUGUCGCGAAAUUUUACGACUGGGUUUGGUAUUAUAUGUUUUGUGUUAUUGAUAUUCAGAGGAAAGUCAGUACAUUCGGCAGAAGAGUCUACAGAAGCAGUUGCUAGCAGUUAUGGAAAUACUGAUAAUUUUGGAUAUGAAGUGUUGCUCACGAAAAUGGACUACAUCGAGUACAAGUUGAUGGAACUGGAGUUUGAACUGAAGGAGCAAAAUGAACAAACGACGCGCAAUCAAGCCCGAUUAGAAAAGACCCACGAAGGCAUGUCAUGGAUGAUGACUAGGAUGGAGCAAGCCAUAAGUCAAAAUUUUACGUCGGUGUUGGGACAAUCUUGGCGAAUUUUGCAACAGCAAAUAAGUUGUUCCCAUCACGAAAGCUUACGAAAUGCAAUUUUCAAAAUGAAACCUGUCAAAGGACCUUCGGAUAACGUAAGGAUGUUGUUCGACCUGCAGCAGUUUAAGGCACGAGGACCAUUUGAGUCGUGUAAGGCAGAGCCGAGCAAGACCUCCGGAAAAUAUAUGCUGCAACCAUUCCUUACAGAGGACCCAUUUGUUGCUUUCUGUGAGCAAACCAAGUUCGGAGGCGGUUGGUUAGUGAUACAACACCGCUUCGAUGGUUCGGUGGAGUUCUACAGAAACUGGACCGAGUAUAAAAACGGGUUCGGAGAAGCCGAUAAAGAGUUCUGGAUAGGACUCGAUCGUUUACAUAAGUUAACGAAAGACAAAAGUCACCAACUGCUGAUUGAAUUGGAAGAUUUUGCUGGAGAAUACAAAUAUGCCCGAUAUGCCGGGUUCCAAAUCGGCGAUCAAUCGGAGAAGUAUUCCCUUAAAACUCUAGGAGCGUACAGUGGAACUGCAGGAGACUCACUGACCUACCAUAAAGGAAUGAUGUUUACGACUUUGGAUAGCGACAAUGACAAAAAUGCUGGUAAUUGUGCCGAAGUUUGCACGGGUGCUUGGUGGUACAAUACGUGUCAUCAUAGCAACUUGAAUGGGAAAUUCAUGACUGGAAAUGAUCAGAGAUCUAUCACCUGGUACCAUUUUAAAAGUGCACAUUAUGGUCUCAAAUACACACGAAUGAUGAUACGAGAGAUAUAGGACGUUUCCUAACCGUAGAGUUUGAUCAAGUUGGUUUCGUAAUUGUGUUGGCCGCGUGUAUUGAGAUUUACAGCAUAUAGGACAACAACAAAUUAGUUAUACACGGUACCUACAUGACGUAACAUUACUAUGUAUACUCAUCAUCAGAAGAAAAACGACCUCCAACUGCAUUACAUCUGAUUGACUGCAAUCUCCAUAUUGAAUAAGAUAACUUUAAGAGCAUCACAAUAGAUUUGAAUGUGAUUAUUUUAAAAAUUGUAUAUUCCUUUAUAUCCAUAAAUCCAGAAAUCUGGUAUUAUCUGUGCAAUAAAAUGGAAAUCAUAAUGUCUUAUCGCCCUUGGCGAGUUCGUCACUAUUGAAUUGAAA